CCCACUGAAGGCUGGAAAAUGAGUGUCCCAGUGGCUCCUAAGAAAUCAUGUUACACUGAGUUACGGGACAACAGAAAUGGAGUGAAAAACAACAAUGAGAGCGUCCUAAGUCUGGGAGACACCAAUGCCAACCCCGUCAUGUUGGAGGUCAGCUCCUCUCCUGAUGAGCCUGUGACGUGUGCCCUGACAGAUGAAAUUGGAAAUGCAAAUUCAAGCGGGCCAGAAAGUAGUACCCGUGUCCAGAAGGAGUUUCACCCCCUUCAGGGCUUUUCGAAGGCAUCUCAGGUUGGCCCUGCCAGCCUGAAGGAUUUUAAAUUUUCUCCGAUGGCUCAGAGAGAACGGAAUGAAGAGCCCAUGGUGGAAAGAGGCACAGAUCCCGUGCAGGCCCCUCGGGGUCUUCAGGGACAAUGUCAACCAAGUUGGAGGACUGUCACAGGUGAGGCCAGCCCAGAGGUUUCGGCUCAGAGGGAGGUUGACGUUCCCCGGCAUGUUCCCAAGGAUAAGUUGGCCAAGACCCUUGACAAUGCGGAAUUGAGGAGGCGUUCUCUGGAGAGAGCCGGCAGCUCUGCUGUAGCAGUGGACAUGCUUACCAAGGAGUGGGCUGGGGGCCUGGCCUGGCCGCUUCCACAGCCUGCAGUGCUGGGGUCCCCAGAAGCCCCCUGUCCGGUACCCAGUGGUGGGGAGGGGCCGCAGAAGAUGGGGGCAGCCCCUUCUCCAGGGCUGGCUUGUCUUCCAGCUGAUGGGACCUCAGGGGGAAAGAGCUCACGCCAUCCUAAACCAUCUACCUCAGUAAUCAAGGAGACCACCCCCUUAGAGACCCAGCCGGAUGGGGGACAGGUACCCAAAGUUAGCACCCAGAGCACAGAGCCUUCCGCCCACCCAGAGUGCACUCCCAGUUCCUCUCCAGCCUCGAAAGACAUCCUGAGGAAGCCAGAAGCACAGUCAGGUCAGGGAAAGCCCGAGCCCAAGAUGGAGCUGAAACUUGUCCAGCUCAGGGCCGUGCAGGAGUUCCAGUCCACCCAGGCGGAGGGGCUGGGAUGUCCUCAGGAGGAUGGCGUGUCAUCCCUAGGGAGAAAGGAGCCGCGUACAGAGGGAGCACAGCAAGAAGCCUUGGCUGCGGCACACAGCGGUCCCCACCCGCCGGGUAUGGGAAGAGGCAGGGGCGAGCAGGAAAAGAGGGGUGAAGAGGGGUCUCUCCAGACCACCCCCAAGCUGAGCCCCGCUUCCUUGGGAGCUGCUGAGCAUCAGCCCGUGGGCAGAAGUUCACCAAGUGCAGCUAGGAAACCGGGUGAAGCCCCAUCCAGCAGUGUUUCACCCAGGGAUGGUCACGUCGCUUUUGUUCCUGGUCAUCUGACUGACAGCAGGCCCUCAGGUGCCAGUGAGGAGAGAGGGGUUCUGGGCGGUGGGAACGGCGACGGCGCUACGGUUUUUAAUUCAGAUCGUUCUGUUGGAGAGAGCGGAACUGGGGUCCCUGAGCCCCCCGACCCUCCAAGCAGCAGCUCAGAAGCUGGGGAAAGCACAGAGAUCGCUACAUCUGUUGCUGAGACUAGGAACCGUCUAGAGACUGCAGUGAAGACUGAAAGCACCCCCCAAGCAAGGGCAGAUUCUCUUCCCGGAGUCCCAGCGCCCCUCCACCCAGAGACAACCGUGAAUGUGGCCUGCCAGCCCGUGCAACCCAGCAGCCGUUUUCUGGACUUGGGCGCCUUGAAUGGGGACGCGGGGGUCCCCCCGGCCGCCCCGCCUUCUGCCCACAGCUCCAGGUUGUCACACGCUUCCCUGAAAGUGCCUGACAAGAACCCCUGCCCUGGUGGGAUCCCCAAGCCUGGCCUCACCCGUCCCGAGGACACACCCACCUCACAGGAGGGAACAGAGGGCCCCCAGGUUGAAAAGACGGAAGAAAGGGCGGAUCCCCGGCCCCUCGUUAUGCCCAAGCCCAAGCACGUGAGGCCCAAGAUCAUCACCUACAUCCGGAGGAGCCCUCAGGCCCUCGGCCAGGUGGAUGCGUCUCUGGUUCCCGUGGGGCUACCUUAUGCCCCGCCCUCGUGUAACAUGCCUCUCCCCAAAGAGGAGAAGGCGGCAGGUGGAGACCUGAAGCCGGCCGCCGGUCUCUACGACAAGUUCAAGCCAGACCUGCAGAGACCCCGGGUGUUCAGCUCCGGACUGGUGGUGUCUGGGAUCAAGCCCCCGGGACACCCCUUCAGUCAGAUGAGUGAAAAGUUUUUACAGGAGGUUACAGAACGCCCUGGAAAAGAAGAAUUUUGUCCUCCUUCCUAUACUCACUACGAAGUUCCUCCAACUUUCUAUCGAUCGGCCAUGCUCCUUAAGCCCCAGUUGGGAUUGGGUGCAAUGUCACGUUUACCGUCUGCCAAGAGCAGGAUCCUGAUCGCGAGCCAGAGGUCUUCAGCGAGUGCCAUUCACCCACCAGGAACCAUAGCGGCAGCUGCCAGCCUCUACAGUUCCGACCCUGCAGCAGAUUUAAAGAAACCUUCCGGUUCAAAUGCUGCAAAAUCCAACCUACCCAAAUCUGGACUUCGUCCUCCUGGCUACUCGCGUCUCCCGGCAGCCAAGCUGGCGGCCUUUGGCUUCGUCCGGAGCUCCAGCGUGUCCUCGGUGUCCAGCACGCAGUCAGCGGACAGCGCUCAGCCUGAGCCCAGCCGGCUGGCCAACCGUUCAACCUUUGGGACUGAAGACCAGCCGGCUCUGAAGGCAGCUCUGCCUUCCAAGGACACACCCAAAGGGGCUGCCCGGGUGGCCCCUCCAGCAUCCUCCAGUGUGACAACACCUCGCAGGAGUUUGCUUCCGGCACCAAAAUCCACGACCACACCGGCGGGAACAAAGAAAGAAGUACAAAAAGAUCAAGACGCUAAUAAACCUGCAGUUUCGUCUCCUAAGAGAAUAUCGGCUUCAACCACCAAGCUUCAUUCGCCAGGAUACCCCAAGCAGAGGCCCACGGCCCCCCGCAACGGGGCCUCCCCCAAGCCGGACCCGCAGGCCCGAGAGGCUGAGCGGCAGCUGGUGCAGCGGCUGAAGGAGCGGUACGAACAGCAGGCGCGGCAGCUGGGCCUCGUGCAGGGGGAGCUGAGGAAGGCCGUCCGGGGCUUUGAGGCGCUCGCUGUGUCCACUCAGCUUUUCUUCAGGAAGAAUGAAAGUGCCCUUGUGAAAGAAAAAGAGCUGUCAAUCGAACUUGCAAACAUCAGGGAUGAAGUUGCCUUCCAUGCAGCAAAGUGCGAGAAGCUGCAGAAAGAGAAGGCGGAGCUGGAGCGGCGCUGUGAGGACGAGGUGCGCAGGCUGGGCUGGCGACAGCAGGCCGAGCUGCGCGACCUGGAGCGGCGGCUGCAGCUGCAGUUCGAGACCGAGGUGGCCCAGCUCCAGGAGGAGCACCACGCACAGCUGCUGCGGAUCGGGUGUCAGCACCAGCGGCAGGUGGAAGACAUCACCACCAGCCAUGAGGCUGCUCUCCUAGAGAUGGAAAACAGCCACACAGUUGCCAUCUCGCUCCUGCAGGAUGACCACGACCACAAGGUGCAAGAACUGAUAUCUACCCACGAGCUUGAAAAGAAAGAAUUGGAAGAAAAUUUUGAAAAGCUGCGGCUGUCAUUACAGGACCAGGUGGACACGCUGACCUUCCAGAGCCAGUCUCUGCGGGACCGAGCCAGACGCUUCGAGGAAGCUUUGAGGAAAAACACUGAGGAGCAGCUGGAGGUUGCAUUGGCUCCUUAUCAGCACUUGGAAGAAGACAUGAAGAGUCUGAAGCAGGUAUUAGAGAUGAAGAAUCAGCAAAUACACCAGCAGGAAAAGAAGAUUAUUGAGCUGGAAAAGCUGGCAGAAAAGAACAUUAUCCUGGAAGAAAAGAUCCAAGUUCUCCAACAGCAGAAUGAAGAUCUCAAAGCCAGGAUUGACCAGAACACCGUCGUCACGAGACAGCUGUCAGAGGAGAAUGCUAACCUCCAGGAAUACGUGGAGAAAGAAACGCAGGAGAAGAAAAGAUUGAGCCGAACCAACGAAGAGCUGCUUUGGAAGCUGCAAACAGGGGACCCAACCAGCCCGAUUAAACUGUCCCCCACGUCCCCCGUUUACCGAGGCUCCUCCUCCGGGCCCUCCUCUCCCGCCAGAGUCAGCAUGACGCCCAGAUGACGCCACCAUGCUGCGGGUCGAGCUGCGGCGCCUGGUCCACGAUGGUUUCCGCCUCAAGGGAGUGGUGACCGUGGACCAGCCCGACUGACCCUGCGCGCAUGCCCAGUAGCUGCAUAGCUGCAUCCUAGGCAGAGUCCUUUUCUGAUCCUCGUGUAAGACUGUCCUGGUACUGGCACUUAGGAAAGUGUAAAUGGUAGUGUCUGAUGUGCAAACGUUUGACCAUAGUUAGAGCCAAAAGAAAGAAACGCCAACUGUUCUUGAGCAAUGAGCAACUUUCACUGCAGAAUAUCAGGUCAGUUACAAAUAGCUCAGUUUUGAAUAUCCAUUGAAUAAUCAUUGUGUACUGCACCGAUAUGUGUGUAUAUUUAGAUAUACGUAUAUACACGUGCAGCGGUUCUGAAUUGCAUUUUUUAUAACAUGAAGUGCUGACGUAUUUUGGUGAAGGUCAGCAGUUUUCUAACUCGUGCCUAAGAAUUAUUGGGAAAUGAGAACGCAUUUCUAUCUACCUUCCCAGGAAUAUUUCUACCCAAAAUAGAAAAAGGAAAAAAAAAAAAAAAGA